AUGAAACCGUUUGCCUGUAUUCUUGUUAUCCUCGUGGCGCUUCUGGCCGGCAGUCAGGCUUCACUUGAGGGUCUCCUUGGCGGCGGCGGUGGCGGCGGAGGUGGUGGCGGCGGCAUUGUCCAGCUGCUGCAAAGCAAAUUGGGCGGACUCGGUGGAGGACUUGGCGGUGGUAACGGCGGUGGUUACGCUGGUGGCAGCGCUGGUGGCUACUCCGGCGGCUACUCCGGCGGCUACUCUGGCGGCCAGUCCGGCGGCUACUCUGGCGGCCAUUCCGGCGGCUACUCCGGCGGCUACUCCGGCGGCUACUCUGGCGGCCAUUCCGGCGGCUACUCCGGCGGCUACUCUGGCGGCCACUCUGCGCCCGCUAAGGUUAUCAUCGUCGAAGUGGUCAACCAGGGCCAGGGAGGCGGACAUGGCGGUUACUCCUCGGGCGGCUAUGGUGGUGGUCAUGGCGGCUUCUCCUCGGGCGGCUAUGGUGGAGGUGGUUACUCCUCCGGUGGUUCCGGCUGGAACAAGGGCUGGUAA